CUCCGAGCGGCACGUCAGGGCCAAGCGCGCGCGCUUCUCGUGGUCGAGAAUUCUGUCUGUCUGUCCGCCAGCGUGUGCGUGAGCGUGUGUGUGCCAGUGCAUGGGUGUGCGUGAGCCAAUGGCAGCGUCGGUGUUAGCCAAUUCCAAUUCUGUGGCAAAUACCGUGCCGUAAUCGGGCGAAAUACGUGCAAAAGUCUGGCCCCCACGUACGAAAUUCAAGUGCAAACGUAGAAAUUCAAAGUGAAAGUGGAAAAAGAAAAGGACAAACACCUGCCUUCCCUCAGCAUUGUCCUGAAAAUAAACAAGAAACGGAAAAAUAAAGGAAAAACCAUAAGCAACACUACCGUUAGCAACAAAAUCAACAAAGUGCGCUGGCGGAGCGGGAAACGCGGAGCGGGUUGCGAGCGGCGGGCUCUUCAGCUGCCAGUUCAGCUGUCAAAAUGUUUUAGCUGCGGUUAGAAAGUGCAAAACCCACGAGCGGAGUAAACAAUCAGCCAGGACAAAUGAAAACGCCAGAGCGCGCCUUUCUCUGACUGUAGCUCUCUGUCUCUCCCCUUCUCUGUCUCUCUGUUGCUGUCUCUAUCGCUACCCUUCGCCGACUUUCUCCCGAACAGCUGUUCCUCGAGAUACUCUCCUUACAGCUAUACUAUCCCUAUAGCUUUCUCUGGACUUCCAUCUGCGCCGAAGCGUGUGUACAUAACCUGAAAGUCCGAGCGCUCUCUCUCUCUCUCUUUUUGGAUGUUGCGGUAGGCGGACGUUGGGACGUCGCACGUCGCAAGUUGCACACACGACUGUAAGUGCAACAUCGGCAGCAGAGCGGCAGCAGAGCGACGGAGCGGCGACGGAGCAGCGUUGAUGCCGUUGCAGCUGCUGCUGCGCAGCCAGCAACAGCAAUACGAGCAGCAGCAACAGCAGCAGCAACGCCAGCAGCAGCAGCAACACUCGCAACAGCAGCAGCAGCAGCAGCAGCAGCAGCAGCAGCAACAAUCAGCAACAUCAGCGCCCUGUGUGCACCGACAAUAAUAUGAGGAGUGGCAGUUCGGAAUUACUACUCGAGCAGCAACAACAAGAGCUACGGUUACGUAAAAUCCGAGAACUGGCUCCGAAAAAGAAAAAUGGCAAUCGGCGCUUUCGUUCGUGGCGGGAACGUGCGCGUUUCUAUGGCACCUCGACACUGGCCUUCUUCUCGGUGACCGCCGGCGCCUCGCUGCUCUUCCUCGUACCGCUCUACGUCGAUCCGGCCAUAUCGACGCUGAGCCACGACUUUAUCGAGAAGCCCACGCUGUGCACGACCACCCGUCGCGAGGAUCUCGUCGGUAUUUUCAAUUGCUCGUGGAGUUCGUGUCGCGAGGGCUGCACCUCCGAUUUGUAUCGCUGCAUUCACAUCUAUGUGACAUUCGUGGAGCAGAACAUUACGAUACCCGAGAACAUGACCGAUUACAGCAACUUCACGUCGGACAUGGAGCAAUCCGGCGAGGCCACCCUGCUGGUGAACAUCAAGGGCUGCGGCUAUCCGCCGUCGGUCACGUGCAAGAACUUCAACGGGUACUACGGCAUCGAGGGCGCCAUAUUCCCGUGCUUCUACUCGCGCAAGAACAAGACGGUGGUGCUCACGUCCUACAACCACGACGACCAGGUGGCCAUGAUCAUCCACUUCUUCGCGGUGCCCUUUGUGAUAACGGUCAUCUCGUCCAUCGCCCUCUGCAUCAUGCACUGCGACUGCCGCUGCAAGAAGGAUCGCAGCCACCGCCGCAAUCGGCCGCAGUGCCGAAGGCCGCGCAUCGAGAACCUCAGUGAUACUUCGAUAUCAACGCGAGUGGAUAUGCUCACGCCUGCUAUUGAAGUCUACAAGCCGCCUCUCUGACACAAAGACGACACUGUGGAGAGCAAUUUAGGGAAUCCCUCGACUAGCAGCGACUUCUAGCAGAACCUGAUACCAAAUUCUGCAGAACUAGCUAAGGAUAAUCUAUUUGUUCUUCCAACAUAGUGUCAACCCAAACGAACUUCGAACGGAGAUGGAUGACGAAAGACGUGAGAUGGUAUAUGGUAUAUGGUACAUAUAUGGGAGGUGGCCAAAGAACCGACACUAUCAGAGGUUUUAGUGCAACUAGCGGAACGGAAACGAAUCAGAUUUAUGGGACAGAAUGGAAAACACACACAUAAAUUAAUAAUUGAUCCAACUGAAUAAUUCCUAAGAUUGAUUAAAUUUAGUUACUUUUUAGCGUAAUGAUUUUUAAACCAGCCGACGGCGGAGGAGAAACCAACAGAAGUGUUAAUCGGUUAAUGAGAUAAAUCGAAGUCUAGUUCUAAGCUGUGGCAGUGGCAUCUGUAUGUAUGUGUAUCUCUAGCCGCGUAUACAAAACGUGUAUGUGUGUACGAAUUAAAAUAUGCAAAUUUGGCAAUGUGUAAAUUUAGUUAAAACUGAAUCAUUACGGAUGUAAAACAACAGAGGCAAAGUGGGAAAAACAAAAACAGAAACACCUAAACAGAAAAUGCAAUGAAUAAUUUUUGUACUGCUGAAAGAGAAACCAAGUGGAAAAAACCGAAUAUUAACGUUAAGUGUACAAUUUUGCAUUAGGUAAUGAAUAAGUUUGUAAUGCAUUAGUAAUUAAAUACAAUAAAAUGUUCAGCUAAUCACGUGGAAAGCAACAGCAACCCAAACUACAAAUGCAACCAACAAAAAAAACACAAAAAAUAAAAGCAAAAUGAAGUUACGAAAAUGCAAUUGGAAAUUCAAAUGGAAAUUCGGCCAGCGCCAGAAAACAUUUUACGCUUUGGUUAAUCGCUCCACACAGAAGUAGACACGCCACGCCUCAUUUUAUAUAGAGUCCGCCCACAUUUUGAAACACCCACGACCAUCAAUCGCUUUUGGUUUUGCUGUAGAAAUCGGGGCGAAGUUCGUCUUAGACGGCACUCGCAUGCCCUUCACAAAGUGCCCCAAGUUGAAAGAGAAUUUGGUCAUAGUUCAUAGUUCCAUCAAGAAACUUCUCGUAUUUGAGUUACAGUUAAAGUUGUUUGAGGAAAACCCGAAAAUAUUCGAAACUUUUUGUGGUGUUAGUAAAUUGUAAAGGUUAAAAUGUUUAAAGGAUAAUUCAAUAAUGAACGUUUUUUGACUGUGAUCAUUUGAAUGAUAUAUAGAAAAAUAUGAUAUUAUUGAGUAUUGUUGUUGACAACAAAAAAUUACGAAAAGCAAUUAACUUCUCGAUCAUGAUUCAAUCAUCAUACAUCCAUCAACCAAUCAACCAGCACGCCAGAGCACAUUUCGCCCAGAAGUUUCCUAUAAUUCCCCAACCGAGUAGUGUAGUCAGAUCACGAUAGCUCCCCGAUCGAUAAUCCCACCCACUUGCCCAUCAUGUUUUAUAUGUAUUAUCUACGAUCUUUGGUUCGAGGCUGAUCACACACUCUCACUCACAUCCAUUCGUGCUUGACAAUAUUUAAUUUCUAAAAGGAGUUUUUCCAUCAUUCCAUCAAUGGCACUACCCACAGGACAUAUGGACAUGCUGCGCCCAAUUUGUAACUAAAACCGCUUAUUCUGUUCCACAUUGAGAUACAGAGGCUUUGGACGAGGGAGAUUAGGAGAUAUUGAAUGUUAACAUUUAUUUGUAUAAGCUGCAGAACAUUGUUGGAUUUAGAGGAACCUGCAUAGUUUUUUGAUAUUCAUGUAGAUACAUGUAAAUGCCACUCACUAAACUUAAGAAUAAUGAAGAAAAGGUAGCUACCGAUGGCAUCAAGGAUAAUUGCAUUAUAUUUGUAAUAUCAAACUGUUCAUAGUUAAGACAAGGCAAGCCACAGGAAAACAAUUAACAAUUAACAACGGAGAACACAAGUAUAACAACAAAUGUAUAUAAGCUGACUAGAAAAUUGGUAAUAAAUAGUAACUUUUGAAAACGAACUCAAAGAUGCAAAUGAAGCUACAACAAAGUGCAUAUAAUUUUGAUAGUUAAGCUAAUUUUAAUACAUUUUUUAAGACACAGCAAGAGGGCAAAGGUACUACGUUAAGGAAACCAAAUAGGAAAAUUAAAACCAACUGAGGAGAAGCCGUGAAAAUUAUUCCAUUUUUACACUCGUUAAUUGGUUUUGUUGUUACCGUAAAUAAUGCAAUAAACAUUCGCGUAUUUCUUACUAUUAUUGUUAUUAUUAUCAUUGUUGUUAUAAAGGAAAAGGAAAUAUUUGAAUUUGAGAAUUGCACAAUGAUUUUUUAUACACCGCAAAUUGGCUUUGUCAGUGCAAGGAAAUUCGUUUUACAAAUUCGAUCGACUUGAAAGCAUGUCUGGCAUUUAAAGCGGACCCCACACGCAUUGAACAACGGACAUUAAUUUAUACACACACAUAUAAUGACGAGAGAAAUAAUGGAAAAUAAUAGAACUAGAACGCAUAUUGAAUAAUAAAUGAGACAUACAUAUUAUUGAAAGAAAUUAAAAAGAACAUAACAAACCAA